UAAACAAAAAAAAAAAUUUUUUUCUGCAUGAUCAAGAAACGUGGAUAUAUUCCAACCAACCAUGAUGAUAUGAUAAUAAUAAUUAUAUAAUAAAAAUCAUUGACAAUUCAAAAAUAAUUAAAGCCCGGGCACAUUCCAAUUGGUAUCAAAAAUUUUGCUAGAAAAUGUUAUUAUAGGACCCAUCAAAGGAAGUUUCUCAAACUUUAUCAUUUUAGAUCAAUGCCACACAAAGGUCAUAGUGGUAUCAAUCAACUAGGUGGUAUAUUUGUGAAUGGUAGACCAUUACCAGAUGCCACCAGACAAAAGAUUAUAGAACUAGCGCAUUCAGGGGCUCGCCCUUGUGAUAUCUCGAGAAUUUUACAAGUAUCAAAUGGAUGCGUAAGCAAAAUUUUAGGAAGAUAUUACGAAACGGGUUCCAUAAGGCCUAGGGCAAUAGGCGGAAGCAAACCUCGAGUUGCCACAUCCACUGUUGUUGAUCAUAUAGCUAGGUUCAAGCAGGAAUGCCCUUCCAUAUUUGCUUGGGAAAUAAGGGAUCGAUUGCUAUCUGAACGCAUCUGUAACGCAGAAAACAUACCUAGCGUAUCUUCAAUAAAUAGGGUAUUACGGAAUUUGUCAACUAAAGAAAGUGGUCUAAUUCCUAAUUUGUCUAACUAUGAACAUAAUUUAUACAAUUUCCGAAACUCCUCCAUGUCCUUUCACCCUUAUUUAAUACCACCAAAAACUAAUUGCAUGAAACAUGAUUCAAAUGGUUACGACAAAAUAAAUCGAGAGUUUCCGAAUUCCAUUAUAUCGGACUUUAGCUCAGAUAACAUUACCAAUGAUAUGGGCUAUUCAAUUUGUAGAAAUGUAUCUAAGGAUACGUUUGAUGACAGUGAGGUAAAUAAUCAUAAAAAAUUAAAAUAUGAAAACGUCCAAAAAACGGUACACGAAGUAUAUUCAACAACUUAUCAAAAUCAUAAUGAUACCACCAACUCUGCUUAUUUCCAUUCCGAAAAGGGGCCAGUGUAUCUAAAUAAAUCUAACCACUACUUGAAUGAAUAUAAAACUGAAAAAUCUUUAAAAGAAACGUCUAGUACUAUAAUUAAUCCACCAGAUAAAAUUUACGAUACUAGAUCAUUUGGUAUUGCUAGUAAUUCAUCCUGGAACUACACUUUAUCCAAUCAAUUAUCUUCUUCAGAAUUUUCAUCUCUAAGAUUACCUAGCUCGUUAACUCAAGCACCUUCUUUAGUUUAUAAUAGCCCAAAUGCUCAUUUAACGAUAACUUCGGAUACUGGUUAUACACCAAACAAUAUUUUUUACAGAUCUAGCACUGAAGAAAAUGAUAUUUCUAAAGCAAUAAAUACAUCUUGUCAAACCAAUGCCAAAAGAAUUUUAAGUACUAAUGACCAUGACUUAAACCCAUUAAGCAGCCAUCAUUAUUCCUACCCGAGUCCUAAGACAAAUCAACAUAUGAACUAUUAUAAUAAUAAUCGCGCAAAUUUCCUGGAAGCUACAACAAUAGAGCAAGGCGACAAUGAAAAUUACAUCCAACAGAGAAAGAGCGUAGAUCUACUUUUAACACUGUCCGGGAAACCUAUUAUUUACAUGGACACGGAUUUAAUAAAUCAAAAAGCGCCAAUGAUUAGUCUCACCGAAAUGACGGAAGAUCCCAAUCUUUUGAGAAAUUCUUCGCAAUCUAAUAAAUUUUCUCCGCUCAUUCUAAAAGAAAAAACAGAGACUAAUUCAGAAAAUUUGAUUAGCCACGAUGAUAAGAAUGAGAGACCUAAUAAUUUGAAAAUUGAUGAUGAAGGGUAUAACAACGAUCUAAAUAGAGAUGACGCAAGCGACGAAGAGCAAAAUAGAUUGAGGCUAAAACGCAAAUUGCAAAGGAACAGAACAUCUUUUACGAAUGAACAGAUCGAAGCACUCGAAAUAGAAUUCGAAAGAACUCAUUACCCAGAUGUAUUUGCUAGGGAAAAAUUGGCAUCCAAGAUUGAGUUACCAGAGCCCAGGAUUCAGGUCUGGUUUUCGAAUAGAAGGGCUAAAUGGAGAAGAGAAGAAAAAUUGAAAAAUAAAUUAACAACUUACCCUAACAUCCAGGAGAGCAAGCCUAAUUAUAUUUUUGGAUCAUCUUUACCUUACCAUUCGAUGGAAUACGAUGACCGUACCCCUAAUGAGUCAAUAUUCCUACCCAAUUCUUUGUCUAGACAAGAUAAAAAUAUACCCAAGGCGUUAAUUGCUCAAAGCGAUAGUACAAAUACCUCAUAUGCGCUCAACAUAAAAUCAACGUUGCAGCAUCCUUACCCUCAAAUAAAAAGUUGGGCUAACACCGAUAAACCCCCAAUAAAUUAUGAGAUAAACUUUUAUCACAAUCCCUUAAUAUACAAUUACAACCUGCAGUCUCAGACCUUACCUCAAACCCAAUCAACAAAAAAAUCUCUAAGUACUACCGCUGAUGAAUAUUAUUUGGAUUAUAAUCGUGACCUUAAUGAUGAGUCAUUUAGAAACAAUGAGCGAAAUCCACUCAAUAACCAUCACUAUCAUUAUCAUCAUCAUUAUUACAAUGUAAAACAAAAGGAUAAUCAAAAUUUCUUUCUUGAAAACACUGGCGAAACGGGAAACAAAUCCCUAAUGGCAUAUAAUUACAAUUCUUUGAAUGAUGGAUUAGGUUCUAUGGGAUCCAAAAAACCUGAAAAUUCAGUUACUAAAGAUAGAUGCGUAUCAAGCUCAAAAGAUUCUCUAGAUAAUCUAAACAUGAAAACAUUUCUUAUGUCUAAACAAUCCGAUAUGGAAGAUGGUCGCGUCCAUACGUCUAAAUUAAUCAAAAUGUCUUCCAAAAAUGUCAAAAAAUUAUUACUCUCUCAAAGUAAUUUUUACGAAUCCAAAUCUAUAAAAGAUAUUCAAGAUAAUUACGAUAAUAAUAAUAAUAACAUACACAAGAAGAGUUCUGGCGAAGAACCAAAAUCUGAUAUAUUGUUAAGCAAUUUAAAUGAUCUUCAAAACCUGCCUGAACAAAAUGUGAUAGCUCAACAAUCCAAACAUUUGAUGCUUAAUUUUCCUUGUGACAACACUCCUUAUUCAGUUUGCAAUGUCAACCCAUUUAAUAACCAAUCGUUUAACAAUUCUCAAUUACAGAACUUCUUUUACCCUGACGGUUUAGAAUAUUACAACCCUCCCAUUUCUUUGCCUUAUGAUCCUUCCAAAUACUAUAAUUUCGGAGAAAACCAAAUACCUUCCUUUUACUAA